AUGAUGGCGACGACAGCCACUUCAGCAUACCAUGUAGCACAGCUGAUAGAUAAAAUGAUGUCUGUAGACAAAGACUAUCGCUUUAUGGCUGUAAAUGACUUAAUGCGUGAGCUACAGACGAACAACAUGCGACUUGAUGAUGACUCAGAGAAGAAGGUUGUUCGUAUGCUGAUCCGACUUUUGGAUGACAACAACGGCGAGGUCCAGAAUCUUGCAGUAAAAUGUCUUGGUACUGUUACUCAACGAGUGAAAGAAGCUCAGGCUGAGACUCUUGUGGAUGCUCUUUGUUCUAUGAUGGUUGCUGGGUCCGACGCCUUAAGAGACACUCAGAAGGUUCUUCUUGAUCAACUUUUGCUGGAGCGACCGGCACUUAAAAAGAAAUCGACGAUUGCACUCAGUGCAAUGAUGGCUGUCUGUUCUCAUGAACUGUUCAUUGAUACGAUGGAUGUGCUGGUUGAAAGACUAAGUGAAGCAAAAGAUGAUGACGAACUAAAAGAAGCAUUACUGCAGUAUCUGGAAACGUUAAUUUGCCACUGCCCGCGCGAAAUAACCCCGUUCCAGGAUCGGAUUCUCAAGAUUGUUACUGCGGACCUUACUUAUGAUCCUAACUAUUCAUACUCUGAUGACGAGGACGAUACCUCUAUGGAAGUCGGUGAUGGUGAAACAGAUGAAGACGACGCUGAAGAUUACUCUGACGAUGAUGAUAUGAGCUGGAAAGUUCGGCGAGCGUCAGCAAAGACCAUUGAGGCUAUGAUUGUAUCACGUCGUGAUCAACUUACGUCGUCCGUGAAAUCCUUGGGUCCUCUACUUAUUUCUCGACUACGAGAGAGAGAAGAGAAUGUACGGAUCGACAUCUACAAUGCGUACAUUGCGAUUCUUUCGCAGGCUCGUCUCGUCGUGCCGAAUGCUCUAGCCGCAGUUCAUAGAGACGAUUCGGAGGACUCAAUCACAAUUGGGACUACUCUUUUUUCGUCCUCCGUUUUAUCUCGAGAACAACAACAAUUGCUUGAGGCUAUCGCUGCACAGUCAGAGCCAUUGCUAAAAGCUGUUAUGAGGCAGUUGAGGCUGAAAUCGCCUCGAACUCGUAGUCUUUCAUUUGAGUUGUUGGCUAACUUUGUCAGAACAUUGCCGGGCUCAUUGGCACCUUAUCUACCAGGUUUGUUACCUGGAUUGUCAAGUGCCGUUCUUGAUCGUUCCAGUGGAGCACCUAUGAAAAUUGAUGCACUUUCGCUCCUAUCGAGGAUUAUAAAAUCACACGAUCACAAUGUGUUUGCACCACAUCUUGACACUGUUGUUCAACUUACAGUUGGGGCUAUCCGGGACAAUUUCUAUAAGGUCUCAGCAGAGGGAUUAGCUGUGGGGUCACUUUUGGUCCCAGUUAUUCGCGACUGUGGAGGUGCUCACUUAGUUCCACUGCUGUUUGAUGCGAUUUCUGAGAAACUCAAAAUAAGUGACAUUGACCAGGAAGUGAAGGAACGUGCCAUCUACGCAGCAGGACUUUUUAUUGCCACCUUCGCCAGUGAUAUGCCUUCAGUGGUGCCAGCAACACUAGAAUUUCUUGUUGAACGUUUACGCAAUGAAAUGACGCGACUUUACGCUGUUCGUGCGUUAGUAACGAUCGUCGAGAGUCGUGUUCCACUUGUAGACCUCUCUCCUAUUGCAUCUAUACUUCUUCCUACUGUUACAGAUUUUCUUAAGAAAAACUCACGUGCACUCAGGGUUGGUUGCAUCAAUUUCUAUCCAUUGGUUGUGAUAGCUUUUAUUGCUUUGUUCUCAAUUCAACCUUCAGAUCGCUACGCUGCACCUCGUCGAGGCUCUGCUUUUGCGAAGAGAUUUAGUCGCUUUGGACUCGGAAGACUUGUCGCAGUUGGAUUAGAAGUUUACCCGGCUCGAGUUGCACCACAUCUAACCCCGAUCUUGUCUGCUGUCAUCGUUCUGUCGCAGUCUGCGUUGUUGCAGGGUGCUACCCUCCAGGCUUCUCUUGACAUGAUUCGAAUGCUUGUGUCAAAUCCUAUUCCUGGAAAACCAGAUUUUGAAGAAUUGCUAGAUCAACUAACAGCACCAGUUUACGAUGUUUCAAAUUUGCCUCGGCAGGCUUUCCAGUCCAUCUCUACGAUAACUGGAGUUGUUGCAGCCUCUAGCGGUGAUAUUACAAAGGCUCGCUCAUUGGCAUACAAAUUGGCUGAUCAACUACAAAACGAAGACUCUACAGACGCCAUUCUUUUGUUCAGCAUACAUGCUCUCGGUGAACUUGGGCGUCGUUGUCCAAAGGUCUAUGAGGAUUGUCAGCUGGAACCAGAAAAACUGAUUAUUCCUUCGUUCAAUUCAACCUCAGAGGAUCUUAAGAGUGCAGCUGCUCAGUCUUUGGGUGCUCUAGCUGUCGGCAACCAUGCACGAUUUUUACCUUUUAUUUUGAACGAGAUUCAAACCCAAUCAAAAAGGCAGUAUUUGCUUCUACACGCAUUAAAAGAGGUGAUCGGACACGAAUCUACAAACAUAGUACCCAUUGAGGUAUUCCGAUCUAGGAUAAGUGAAAUCUGGCCUGUUCUUAUCGCCCAUGCAGAUGGUAACGAAGAAGGAACAAGAAAUGUGGUUGCAGAAUGUCUCGGAAAAUUGUGCGUCAUCGAUCCUCAUGGUUUGCUACCAGAACUCCAGAAUUUGGUGAAAUCUCCAUCAGCUCGAGUGCGUUCUGCUGCAGUCACUGCUGUAAAAUUUAUGAUUUCGGACGAAAAAAGACCCGUUGACGUCGUACUUCAACAAUGCAUUGGAGAGUUCCUUCAAACUAUGACAGAUUCUGAUCUCAACGUUCGCCGUGUUGCUUUAGUUGUUCUUAAUUCUGCUGCUCACAAUAAGCCAUCAUUGAUCCGCAAUCUUUUGGAUGUUUUGUUGCCAUCAGUCUACGCAGAAACGCAAGUACGGAAGGAAUUGAUUCGCGAGGUAGAGAUGGGACCAUUUAAGCACCAAGUCGAUGACGGGUUGGAUCUCCGCAAAUCCGCAUUUGAAUGCUAUUUAAUGCUAAUGAAAUUGGCACUCCUAUGCCCGAAUCAGCUUGUACAACGCUUAGAUAAGAUCUGCGAGUCCUUGAAACAAUCUGUGUCGUUCCAGAAAAUCCCAGAUGCGGAGCGACAUCAGCAGUUAUCUGAUGUAGCAGCAUUGAUGCGUUCAUCUCCUGAACUCCGUGCAUUGACUGAAGCUGUACAAAGGGACGCGACUAGAACAUUCGCAACAGGAGAUGUACCAAUGGAAACCAUAUAA